AUAAGGGCAUUUGUCAUAUCAAUCCGUCGACAUAUCCAUAAUAUGGAUUCCAUAUAUACAAACAUUCGUCACGAUAAAAUACAAACUUGUUAGUUUUAAGAGCUGGAGCUCACCUAAGAUAAUGUCUUCUCCUGCAGAAAAUGACACACCUUCCAGCAGCGGGAAAUCCAACAACAGUGCGGUCAGGAGAAUCCAGAGGGAGCUGGACGAGAUGGAGAGGAAUCCGCCGCCAAACUGCAGUGCCGGUCCCACGGAGGACAAUCUGUACAGGUGGACCUCGACGAUCAUGGGACCAGCGGACUCCGUCUACGAGGGUGGCAUAUUCGAGCUGGACAUAUUAUUUCCGCAGGAGUAUCCUUUUGUGCCGCCGAAAGUCCUGUUCCGCACGCCCAUCUAUCACUGCAACAUCCACCGCCACGGCUUCAUCUGUCUGGACAUCCUGAAGGAGAACUGGUCGCCGGCACUGACCAUCUCGACGAUACUGCUAUCCAUUUGCUCCCUACUCACCGACUGCAAUCCCUACGAUCCGCUGGUGAACAAGAUUGCCGUAGAAUAUAGAACAAACCGAGAGCAACAUGACAAGAUAGCGCGACUCUGGACCAAACGAUAUGCAACUCCCAGCAACUCUUAAUGACCCCAAAAGCCAAAUUAAGCGUAGGUCCAGCUUUCAAUCGACGAUUUCCAGAUGCUUUUGUUCUUUUUAUUACGUUGUUAUAUGAAGUAUAAAUCUAUUAAUCAUAA